UAUAAAAAACACAUACAUACGUAUCUAUAUAUCAUAACCGCCAUACUUCACGUUUUCGUCGCUCCAAUAUCACCGACAUAUCUGCUCUGAUAUUCUCUCUCUCUCUCCAUCCCUUCCGCGUGAUCGAUGGAAGCUUCCGGAACAGCACCAGCUGCCGUAGAGUACCGGCCGCUGAACCUCACGCUCCGAUCCGCCGAAGGGAUCAAAACCGUCAGCAGCUUGUUCUCUAAGAUGGACGCCUUCGCCGACGUCUCCAUCGCCGGCUACCCGCGCUCGCGGCAGCGCACGCCGGUCGAUAAGAACUGCGGCAGCCAUCCUCGCUGGAAUUUCCCCAUGGAGUUCAUCGUCGACGAGCCAUACCUCACGCAGCCUGGCCUCUCUCUCCUCGUCGAGAUCAAAGCCGAGGCCGUCCUCGGCAACGGCAAGCUCGUCGGCGUCGUUACGAUUCCGAUCCACGAGCUCUUCCAGGCCUCCGCCGCCGAUCCGGCUGCGGAUCGUUCCGUCGAGUAUCAGGUAACCGCUCCCUCCGGAAAACCUAAAGGCAUUCUGCGAUUCUCCUACCGUUUCGGGGAGAAAUUCACGCAGGAAUCUAGCCAGGCUUCCAAAGCCGCCGCCGUGCCGGCGUAUCCGCCGGCGGUGGCUGCGGCGCCGUAUCCGGCGGCCGGAGGCUAUCAGUCUCCGUAUUGCCCGCCGGCGGCGGGAUAUUAUCCUCAUCACUACGCGCACCCUGCGUCAGGGUACUAUCCUCCGCCGGCGGGUUAUUACCCUCCGGCAGCGUACGGACAGUCUAGCGGGUACGGAUGUCAGGCUCCUCCGCCGAAGAGUGGAAUGGGAGGGAUGGGAAUGGGAUUGGCGUUGGGGGCGGGAUUGCUGGGAGGAUUGGCGGUGGGAGAAAUGGCGUCGGAUAUCGGAGACGCGGCGGCGUACGCCGAUGGGUACGGCGACGCCAUUGGCGACAUGGAUUUCUAGGUAUUCUCUGGUUUAAGUAUUUUGAUUUUAUUU